AUGGCCCUCUUUGCCAAGAAUAAAAUGAUAUUUGUGGAUGGAACCCUCCCACGUCCUACUUCGCCAAUCUCUGCGAUUCAGACUUGGGAUCGGUGUAAUUUCAUGGUUCUAUCUUGGAUUCUCAAUGUUCUCACCAAGACCAUUGCGGACAGCGUGAUCUACGCUGAGACUGCCUCCUCUGUCUGGAAGGAACUUGAGGAUUGUUUUUCACGUAGCAAUGCUCCUUGGGUAUUUCAUUUGAAGCGUUCCAUUGCCACCAUCCAGCAAGGAACCGAUUCACUCUCUGCAUACUUCACACGAUUGAAGGUUCUCUGGGAUGAACUCGCCUCUUAUGUGGCCGUUCCUUCUUGUUCUUGCGGUGCUCAAAGUGCUCUCCAUUCGGCAGGGUAG